AUGGCGGGCUCAUGUAUUCCAAUCCCCUGCUUGCCAAUUUGGGCGUUACAAUUCUGGGCACACGUGGCAUUGCCGCUGGCACGGUUUCGCACAUUUGCUGAUGAUGAAGCAAAGGCCUGGCUCGAUGCCGACCUCAAGGCCCAAGGCAACAUCAGCCUUCGCCUUGCCCCCAGCGUUAACAGCGCUGUGUCGUCUCAGACGACAGCCAAGGGGAUCUGGGACUACCUCGAGACCACCUAUGGCAAGCCUGGCGUGCCGGCUGUCUACCAAGACUUCCGGGCUGCCCUUGCUCUCUCCAUUCCGGCCGACUCGAACCCUGUCCCCAACCUGGACAAGUUCGAGGCGUACUUCCAACGUCUCGAGACGAACAAGUUCGUUGUUGCCAACCACGUCAAGGGCAUGAUGCUCAUGGCCAAGCUCCCUUCCAACAUGGAUCCGAUGAUCCAGCUCUACAUCGCUGGCCUGAAGCCUGCGACGGGCAAGACUGCGAUCGAGGCGAUCACCCUUGCUGGGAUCCGCCAGCAGGUC